GUGAGUGCUGGGAACUGAAUCCAGGUCCUCUGGAAGAGCAGCCAAUGCUUAGCUACUUGGUCAUCUCUCCAGCCCAACUCAGGGGAGGCUAAUAUAGAAGGAUCUUCCAGUUCAAGGUCAUCCUGGGCUACAGCAGAAAAGGUGCUCAGAGACACAUAAUGUCACUAAUGCGUACAUCCGUCCAUGCCAAAUGGGUCGUGGGAAAGGUGAUUGGCACAGCCAUGGUAAAAACUGCUAAAGUCAGAGCCACCAGACUUGUUUUGGAUCCCUACUUGCUAAAGUACUUCAACAAGCGGAAAACCUACUUUGCUCACGACGCCCAUCAGCAGUGCUCGGUCGGGGACAUCGUGCUCCUCAGAGCCCUGCCGGUCGCGAGGUCAAAGCACGUGAAACAUGAACUGGCUGAGAUCGUUUUCAAAGUUGGCCGAGUUAUCGACCCAAUCACAGGAAAGCCCUGUGCGGGGACCGCCUUCCUAGAAAGUCCACUCAGUUCAGAAACUGCUAACCCAAGUAAAACUCCAGAAGAACUCAAGGCGUCUUCCACCUAGGGAAGAAGGAGCCAAAGGGAUUUCUGUCUUUAUGUCUCCUCUCUGACUUCCGUCACUAGCCGUCCAGUUUCUCUUGUGACAUGAAUGAAAUAGUAAAGUAAAUGAAACUAA